AUGGGCUGGUUCAAUCUGAUUUCACGUGAGUGAUAACACAGACUUGAUACCGCUCAAACCCAUAGUCUUCCACGGUCACCUUCUUCAGGCGUCCUUUGGUUUGGCAACUUUGAAGAUCUUCCGUGAGAUGAAUGGCUGGAAACUGAAACAUUUACCAUUGGUUGAGCCCACGGAAGUGAGGUCCAUGUGUGAAUUUUUACAGUUUCCUCUUCUCAGUGGUCUCCUUACUGACAGGAACAUUGGUCGCCAGACAGGCACACUUGUAACCAUGAUGCCGAAGCAUUACUUUCUAGGCUUCCUCAUCAGGUCCCUCCUGGCCAGUGGAACAGAAACUCAGGCAGUCCAUGGGUCUCUGAAGCCUCAGAAGGUCCAAUUUCAGUCCAGAAAUUUCCACAACGUUUUGUGCUGGCAGCCAGGGAGCUCCCUCACCGGCAAUGGCAGUGUCUACUUUGUGCAGUACAAAAUGUAUGGAGAGAGACAAUGGAAAAAUAAAACGGACUGCUGGGGCACCACAGCACUCUCCUGUGACCUGACCAAUGAAACCUUAGACCUGUAUGAGCCAUACUACGGGAGGGUGAAGACAGCCUGGGCUGGGAGGUACUCUGCCUGGAGCAGGACACCCCGCUUCACCCCGUGGUGGGAAACAAAGCUAGACCCUCCAGUCGUGACUGCAGUCCAAAGGAAUGCAUCUUUGCUGGUCCUUCUCCGUACCCCAGAGCUGCCAUACAGAAACCAACAUGGAAAAAAUACAUCUAUGGAAAGUUACUAUGACUUAGCAUACCGAGUUUUCAUAACUAACAAUUCACUGGUAAAGGAGCAAAAGGCCUAUGAAGGAACUCAGAGAACGGUUCGAAUUGAAGGUCUGAUACCCCAUUCCAGUUACUGCAUAGCAGCUGAAAUAUAUCAGCCCAUGUUAGACAGAAAAAGCCCAAGAAGUGAGCGGAGAUGUGUGAAGAUUCCAUGAGCCGGUCUGAGGCGCUCUGCAGGGCAGAAUCCAUCUGAGGAUGGGAUGGCUCCUGCCUGCAAUAGCUUGCUGAACGUCUUUUUCUAUUUUCUUAGAGCAAUGUCUACCAACACCUUUCAAGGGUUUCUCUGUCAACACUUCCUUUUCUGUUUCAGUUAUAAAGUAAAUUUGAACAGAUUCAAAAAUUAGAGUUUAAAGAAGAGAUAAAGAAUGAAGAGCUUGUGAUGGGGUAUGUCUUUAAUCCCAGCAUUGGAGAGGCAGAGGCAA